CCAUCCAACCAUGUUUAAGCCAGGUUUUGUCUGUAGAGACAAAGUGGACGUUGCCAUCGGACAGACGGUUAAAAAAAGAUGUCCCACCCCAGCACUCUGGAUUUGGACAGACACAGCAGCUUGGAGAAAUCUCGUCGCUCCACCAGUCGCAGUCAGCCCAGGUCCCAGGCUAAGUAUGGGGAAGUGCUGUGUGACUUUUGCACCACGAGGAAGCAGAAGGCAGAGAAGUCCUGCUUGGUGUGCCUGGCAUCCUACUGUGAGACUCACCUGCAGACUCACUACGACUAUCCUGCCCUGAUGAAGCACAAACUGGUCAAAGCCACAGGCCAGAUGAGAGAGAAGAUCUGUGCACAGCACGACAAGCUGCUGGAGGCUUUCUGUCGUGCUGAUCAGACAUCGGUGUGUGUGCUCUGCAUGAUGGACGAGCACAAGCACCACGACAUCGUCCCGGCCGGAACUGAGAGGACAGAGAAACAAAAACAACUUGGCGUCACACUGCACAAAUCCCAACAAAGGAUCGACCAGAGAAUUAAAAAGUGGCAGGAUCUUCGACAAGCUGUGGAAUCAGUUAAACACUCUGCUCAAACGGCCCUGGAGGAGAACGAGCGGAUCUUCACUGAACUUCUGCUCUCCAUGGAGAGGAAGUACAACGAGGUCAAGGAGAUGAUCCUUACCCACGAGAAGACCACCGUGACGCGGGCUGAGAUACUGCUGGACCGUCUGGAGGAAGAGAUCACCCUGCUGAGGAAAAAACACAAUGACCUGGACAAACUCUCGCACACCGAUGAUCACAUACACUUUCUGCAGAGCUGGCAGUCUCUGUCAGGACCCUCAGGGUACGAGGACCUCAACAACAUCAGCGUCGCCCCCAAUUACUCCUUUGAAGCUACCAAGAGAGCUAUUGCUGCUCUGAAGCUGCAAGUAGAAGAAAUCAGCAAGACCGAGACAAUCAAAAUUGCAGGAGCAGUGAAGGACGUCUAUAUCACACAAGAAAGUGAGACGAAGACAAGGAGAGAAUCAUUUGUGAAGGAAGAACCGAGGACAAGAGAGGAACCGAGGACGAGAGAUGAUUUUUUAAAAUACUCUUGCCAGUUGAUUCUGGACGUGAACAGCGUCCACCCCAACCUUCACCUCUCUGAGGGGAACCGAACAGCCACGAUGAAAAGUGAGCCCAAGAACUAUCCUGAUCACCCGGACCGAUUUGACCACUGGCAGCAGGUAUUGUGCAAGGACAGCAUGGCAGGGUCUCGUUGUUACUGGGAGGUAGACUGGAGGGGUACAGAGAUAGACGUGGCCGUUACCUACAGAGGAAUCCGUCGUAAGGGAAACGGGAAUGAAUGCAGCCUGGGCUGGAACGACAAGUCCUGGAGUCUGUACUGCUCCGACUCCAGUUUCUCCUUUGUGCACAACAACAAGAGAAAAGAAAUCCCAGUCCCAGCGUCAUCUCGCAUCGGCGUCUACAUAGACCGUUCUGCAGGAACGCUGGCAUUUUACAGUGUCAGUGAUGACAUGAAGCUUCUGCACAAAGUCCACACUGCAUUUUCAGAGCCCAUCUACCCUGCAUUCAGUGUGUGGGGCUUUGGUACCACAGUAAGACUGUAGUAAUAACCCAUUUACCCCUAUGUACAACAUGGUCUGAUCAUGAUCGUGAUCAAAUCUUUUUAGUUUUGCUUUCUUUGCUAAAAGUACAAAUUCCCGAUAAGCCGUUAACCAUUGAAUGAGUUUUCAAUCCAAUCAAAAUCCAGUGUGCAUUUGUCCUUGUCUGUCUCGUCUGAAGAGUUGUAAAUAACACAUUUCAUGUUUGUUUAAAAAAAAAUCAUAUGUUCUUUCUUUUGCCAAUAUAUUUUAUAUUAGAAUAUUUGACAUUUUUUAUUGAGCUAAAUGUAGCCUGUGACAUACACCAAUAUAAAUAAAAACACUUUGUUUCCGUCA